UGUGCAGUGUACGAUGCAAGAGUUAUUGUUCUUUUCAUUCGGUAAUACAGCCAAUGAAGCCAUGUUGUAAACAUAUUGGAUGUGUGCGCAUCCUGUGUAAGAAAACGGUCGUGUUACCUGUUGUUGUUUUCGCAGUGUUAGGUGGAUUUGUCAUUGUCCAGGUGAUGCAUGAAGAAUCUAUAUCACCGCCUCUAGAACUUUUUAAGAAAGACCAGAAUUCAUGUGGACCCAUGAGUUUUUCAGUGAGAAAUUUUCCUGCAACAGCACUUGUGAGUUUCCCAGGCUCCGGAAACACCUGGCUCAGGUUUCUUAUUCAAGAGGCUACAGGUAUUUUUACCGGAAGUGAAUACAACAGCAAAAAGCUACGAAUGCUUGGAUUUCUUGGCGAAGGAGUUGCUAAUUCGUCGACAAUUCUCGUCAAAACUCACAAAUGUGACGCCGCUACACUUAAACGAUACGAAAAAGCUGUGCUGCUUAUCCGCCAACCUUACGAAGCCAUCAAAGCCGAGUUUAACAGAAAAUACAGCGGACGAAGAAAAUUAAAUGCUACAAAAGAUACUAUUGAAAAGUACUGGCCAGUGUAUUAUACUGAACACCAGCUGUACUGGGUUCGAUUCCAUGAAUUUUGGCAGACCUACAGGCGACCUCUCCUGGUCGUUAUGUAUAAGGAUCUUGUCCAGCAGACCAGUGUCAAGUUGAGAGAAAUACUCUCGUUUUUAAAGGUGGACAUAGAUGAGGAACGACUAAACUGCGCCAUCGCAAACGGUAACGUGACGAGGCGACCGACGUCACCACUUCAUCUGCCUCACGUGAUACACAAUAACCAAUCAGCUGAAGCGGUUUUUCAGCACGUUUUGAACAUCUACAACAUUUCUUCACAACGAAGUGCCGCAAUCUAA